ACAUGGCGCAAUCACCCGCUGGUCUUUCUACCAAUGCAUUUGCACUUGAUCUUCACAGAGUUCUUACCGCUCAAGGUGGCCAAACUAAUCUGUUUUACUCCCCGGCAAGCAUCGUUGUCGCCCUUGCCAUGACGUACCUCGGAGCACGAGGGAACACCGCCACGCAAAUGACGAAAACAUUUCACUUUCCCACAGAUGUCCCGGAAAAGUUUCAUGAUUUUCUUCAAGCCCUGAACGCAAGCAACUCCGAUGGAAACCAGAUCCUUAUGGCCAAUCGACUGUUUGCGCAAAUGGGGUUUGAGAUUUUAGAAGAAUUUAAAAAAGCUAGCAAGGAGUCGUUCUCAGCUGAGAUGGCUUUGGUCGACUAUGUGAAGAAUUCGAACGGCGCAAGAGACACUGUGAACAGAUGGGUAGAGCAAAAGACAAAAGACAAGAUUAAAAAUCUGAUCCCUGAAGGUAUGUUCAACAAAGAUACCAUUCUCUGCUUGGUAAAUGCUGUCUACUUUAAGGGUUCGUGGAUGAAACAUUUCAAUCGCAAUGCAACGCAAUCAGGGAAAUUCAAGACCACCCCAUCCCAAGAAAUUCAGGUCCAGUUUUUGUAUCAGUCCAGUGAGUUCAGGUACUUGGAGAGUAGUACCUUAGGAUGUCAGAUAGUUGAGUUGCCUUACGCAGGGGAGAAGCUGUCCAUGGUUGUGUUAUUACCCAAUGAGGUAGAUGGCCUAGGCAAACUGGAGUCAUCAUUGAAUAAGGAAACCUUACAAGAAGUGAUGACAAGCCUAAGGAAUUCUCAUCCAGAAGAAGUGGAGGUCACCCUACCAAAGUUCACACUUACACAAGAGUUCUCACUUGGCGAAACCCUUAAGGGAAUGGGUGCAAGUGAUUUGUUUUCACCUGGGAAGGCUGACCUAUCUGGAAUCAGUGCAGCACCUCUGGUCGUCUCAGAAGUUGUGCAUAAGGCAUUUGUGGAGGUGAAUGAAGAAGGGACCAUUGCAGCUGCUGCUACAGGGGUGUGGAUUAUGCUUAUGUCAAUGCCAAUGAACCCUGUUUUUUAUGCCAACCAUCCAUUCCUCUUUUUGAUCCGCCACAACGAUACUGGAGCUGUCCUGUUUAUGGGGCGCUUGGUGGUACCAGACAAAGAUAAUUGAAAGAAAAUGAUUAUUAAACCAAGAACAGUGUUCAGUAAAAUGACACUUAGAAAGCUAGAAUGUUAUUUCAAGAAUAGAGAUUAUAUAAAGGCAUACAAUUUCCAGCAUAUUUCUGUGAGCCUGCAGUGAGGCCAAGCAAUGGCUGGAAAGAGAGCCUACAGAUUUGGAUUAUUUUUUGGUUAAUUUUGUAUUAACAUGAUUUAGAACAUCCAAUUCCUAUUAAGAAUAAAUAAAACACAAAAAGUAAA